CGGCUCCGCGCGGCCCCUCUUCCGCUUCCCGUCCCCGCCCCCGGCGGCCGCCCCGGGGCGCCGGGGCCGAGUCCCCUCCCGCUUGGCCGCGGAGCCCGCAUCCCAGAGCUGUCGGGGGCUCGAGCCCCAUCCAGAGGCUCCGGGGAGCGCGGGGUGGCGGAGCCGGAGGCGCCCAGAGGUGCGGGCGGCGGCGAGCCGGAAGGAGCAGCAGGCGGCGUGCCUGCGAUGGAGCGCGCGGCGGAGCCCUGGGGUCCGGACCCGCGCGGCCCGGAGGAGAGGGAGCAGCCGAGAGGCGCCCGGACAGGUCUCGGGGGUGAGAAUGUGGAGAUGUCUCAGGCGGAUGAGUUUGAACAUACCCCACAGGAGGAUGACUUGGGGUUCAAGGAAGAGGAAGAUCUGGCCCCAGGUCAUGAAGUAGGAAAUGCCUCUCUCAAACCUGAAGGCAUCCAGACCUGGGAUGACUUGUGGGUCCAGAGAGAGGGACCAGGAAAACCUCCGGCUCGAGACAGAGGCCCCCGGCUCCUGGGAGAACCACGCUGGGGCCAGGCUAGCGAUCGGGCUGCUGUAUGUGGCGAGUGUGGCAAGAGCUUUCGGCAGAUGUCGGAUCUGGUGAAGCAUCAGCGGACACACACAGGGGAGAAACCCUACAAGUGUGGGGUCUGCGGCAAGGGCUUUGGGGAUAGCUCUGCCCGGAUCAAACACCAGCGAACUCAUAGCGGUGAAAAGCCCUACAGAGCCAGACCGCCGGCCCAGGGCCCUCCAAAGAUUCCUAGGUCCAGGGUCCCUGCUGGCGAGCGCCCCACUAUCUGCGGGGAAUGUGGCAAGAGCUUCCGGCAGAGUUCAGACUUGGUGAAGCACCAGCGGACACACACGGGUGAGAAGCCCUACAAGUGUGGCAUCUGUGGCAAGGGCUUUGGUGACAGUUCUGCUCGCAUCAAGCACCAGCGAACACACCGUGGGGAGCAGCCCCCCCGGCCCGUGGUGCCCCGGCGGCAGCCAUCUCGAGCAGCCACAGCCGCCGCACAGGGACCCAAAGCCCAGGACAAGCCAUAUAUCUGCACCGAUUGUGGCAAAAGAUUUGUGCUCAGCUGCAGUCUUCUGAGCCACCAGCGCAGUCACCUGGGGCCCAAACCUUUUGGCUGCGAUGUGUGUGGAAAGGAAUUUGCCCGGGGCUCAGACCUGGUGAAGCACCUUCGGGUGCACACGGGAGAGAAGCCCUACCUCUGCCCUGAGUGUGGCAAGGGCUUCGCUGACAGCUCUGCCAGGGUCAAGCACCUCCGCACCCACACCGGCGAGAGGCCUCACGCCUGCCCUGAGUGUGACUGCACCUUCAGCCUCAGCUCCACUCUGCUCCGCCACCGCCUGACGCACAUGGAGCCGCAGGACUUCAGCUUCCCGGGCUACCCCCUGGUCCCCAGCCCACCCCCCAGCUCAAGCUCCCCCCCACCUCCUCUUGGUACCAGCCCCCCACUGACACCGCGAAGCCCCUCACACUCAGGAGACGGGCCUUUUGGCCUGCCUGGCUUGGAGCCAGAGCCCAGGGGCCCACAGGCUGGGGAGCCACCACCUCUAGCGGGUGACAAGCCCCACAAGUGCCCCGAGUGCGGCAAGGGCUUCCGCCGAAGCUCAGACCUGGUGAAACACCAUCGGGUGCACACGGGGGAGAAGCCCUACCUCUGCCCUGAGUGUGGCAAGGGUUUUGCUGACAGCUCAGCCCGAGUCAAGCACCUCCGCACCCACCGUGGAGGACAGGCUCGGCCACCACCACCAGCCACUCUCCUGAGGCCACAUAACCCCCCAGGCCCAGCACCCAUGGCCCCUCGACCCCGAGGCCGGGCCCAGCCCUCUGGACUCGGCCAGCCCCACGUGUGCAGCUUCUGUGGGAAGGAGUUCCCCCGGAGCUCAGAUCUGGUCAAACACAGGCGCACGCACACCGGGGAGAAGCCAUACAAGUGUGCGGAGUGUGGCAAGGGUUUUGGUGACAGCUCUGCCCGGAUCAAGCACCAGCGUGGGCACCUGGCCCUGAGGCCCUUUGGGACCGGGGGUGGUCUGGCAAGGCCCCUCAAGGUGGAGCCACCCAUGGGACUGGAAUGAUGGGGUAGAGGGAGGGUGGAGGAGCAGAGACCACAGGGAUGGUAUCUUGCCUACUCAGAGAAGGAAGGACCUGGGAGUCGGUGGGGGAAGAAAUGGAGAAAGGAGUGAGUAGAUGAAGAUUGGAGACAAUGAUCUUGAAGCUCAGGAAACCAUCCCAGCUGGGCUCCGUCAGGGCCAUGCCAGUGUGGUCUAUACCCCCAGCUUCUAGAACACUGCCUAGUGCACAGUAGGCACUCAAUAAAUACUUGUUGAAUUAAUAAACUGGUCUUAGCCUGAAGUCUUUAACCCUAAAUUCCUGUAGCCUCUAACCUGUUCAGAACUGGUCAGCACCCUCAGCCAUGGCUUGGUCAAACCUUCAUGGGACUUGGGGUUCAGGGUGACAGAACUAGGCAGGGGCGACUUGAUCAUCCUUCUAAGGAGCGUAUUGCUGUGCGGCAGGCAGGACCGCCUCAGGCCAUUGGACGUGGUCUGAGCCAGGAAGGGCCCUCGUGGACAGAGCCCGGACCUGCCUGCCCUGGAGGACCCCACCCACCCUGACACCUGGACACGGCAGAAUAGGCCAGAGGCAGCAGAACUCUGCUCUGCAUGCCAGGCCCAGGCCCUGUGGACAGCAG